ACUGGCAUGCUUUUCAUCAAAGAAAUGUCUGAAGGAAAUGUCUCUAUGGGAAGUGAUUUUAUUCUUGUGGGCUUUACAGAUCAGUAUACUUUUCAAAUAUUGUCUUUUUUGUUUUUCUCAGCUGUUUACAUUUUUACCAUUGUUGGAAAUCUUGGCAUGAUUUUAUUAAUCAGGAUUGACUCACGACUCCAUACGCCUAUGUACUUCUUCCUGAGUCAUCUUUCUCUUAUAGACAUGUGCUAUUCUUCUACAAUUGUUCCUAAAACUCUGGUGAAUUUCUUAGCAGGCAGAAAGACCAUUUCAUUUGCUGGAUGCACCACUCAGUUAUUCUUCUUUGCAGCUUGUGCUACCACUGAGGGCUACCUGCUGGCUGCCAUGGCCUAUGACCGUUACGUUGCAGUUUGCAAGCCUCUUCUUUACACAGUUGUCAUGUCACAGAAGGUUUGUGAGGGUUUGCUGGCUGGGGCAUAUGUCAUAGGUGUGAUGAGCUCAGCUAUACAUACCAUCUCUAUAUUUCGUCUCCCAUUCUGUCAUUCUCAUAAAAUCAACCACUUUUUUUGCGAUGGGCCUCCACUCCUAACCCUAGCCUGCUCAGACACUCAUUUCAAUGAGAGACUUCUUUUUGCUGUGGUUGGGUUCAACAUCUUGAUCACCACUGCAGUCAUUCUAGCAUCCUAUUUGUCUGUCCUCACCACUGUACUGACUAUCCACUCUACUGAAGGCAGGUGCAAAGCGUUCUCCACCUGUGCUUCCCACUUGGUCACUGUUACAUUGUUCUAUGGAAGUUCCCUUUUCAUGUAUUCACGGCCAAGCUCAAGCCAUUCCUUGGAUCAGGACAAGGUGGUUUCUGUGUUGUACUCAGUUACAAUCCCCAUGCUUAACCCACUCAUUUACAGCAUGAGGAACAAGGAAGUGAAGGAUGCUCUUAGAAAGUUAAUAACAGGGAGAAAUAAUUCUCAGAUUGAUCUCAGAAAGUAA